AUGUCCAACCGCUACGAACGCGAAGCCGAAGACCUCUACGAGGAGGAAAAUGACCCGUCCCCUGUGUCCGGCACCUUCCACGACAACUCGUACGCGCAUGAGACGCAAUCGAGUCUGAGGAACCAGGUCCCCGUAGCCCGGGACCAGGCCCCCUAUGAGGAUCCGGUGCAGCCGCCUUAUUCGAACACGGACCAGCAGCUUGCUCAAGAUGAAGACGAGGCGAUUGAUCAGAGCAAUGUGAUCUCAGGGAGGACGAGGGGCGCGAAGCCGCAGACUCGGAACCAGUAUUCCGAGGGUCCUGAUGAGGAUGACUUGCCGGAUGAGGUGUUGUAUGGAAAUGUUGGGACUUCGAGUACUCGACGUGAAGUCAUAAAUUCGUUUCACCCUCAAGACCAUGAGAUUGUGCCUGUUCCUGGUUUGGUCGCUGUCUGUGCCGGACGCGGCCCGGUGUCGGGUUUCGAUUCAGGUCUGCGAGCAAUGCGCUGA